AUGUCUACUUCUAAAGGAAGACAAUUUAAAAUUCCAGAUCAAUAUGGUGCUUUGAAUAAAACUAAAGUUUCACAAGAAGGUUAUCAACAAAUAGCUGCAGUUAAUUUUAUAAUUCUACGUGAAGGUGCAAUAUCUAAUGAAUGUAUAUUACUAAAUAAACAAAUAGAAGCUAAUAUAAAAAUUACACAAGUAAAUUUUAAUUACUUAGAAGUUGAAAAAGAUUCCAUGAAUGCAGGGUUUGGAUUUGAACAGGAAAUGAUUAACAUAGCUAAAAUUGGUACAUAA